GGUAUUAUUCCGGUAUUUUCCCGGUAUGGUACCCUAAUUUUAUCGGUACGGUUUUUUAACAGAAAAAUAAUUUUUUUAUUCCAAAAACGGUAUUUACCGGUAGGAAACGGUUGAACCAUGGUUGUACCAUGAUUUACCAUGCCAAAAACGAUUCCGGUUUGAUGUCCGGUACGGUUUCGUAAUCCAUGCUAUUCUUUCUUUUCCUACCGCUCCGCUCCUUCCAACUCCGUGACGUGUUAAUCGGUUCUUUUCUUUUGGCGCCAGUUUUGAACGUGAGGUUCUGGGUUUUGUCGCAAUCAAUUCACAGAGCAUUCAGCCUUUCUGGUAUAUUAGGGAUGAUGGCUACCGAGACUCUGCGAUUGGAAAUCAAAGAAGGUCGAAGCAUGGAGUAAAGGAAAAGAGAUGGCGAGUUCGAUAGUGCGAGAGAUAGGAAAUGCAGUGAAGAAAGCCGCGAGGAACAGAGGGAAAGGAUGGUACACGCCUCACAUGGCUGCUGCAGCAUCCGCUGUCGCGGGAAGAAUUGAUCUUGUUGAUGCUGUCAUUGAAGUUAGAGAUGCUAGGAUCCCUUUGGCGUCCGAGUAUCCACUGUACCGCCAGCGCUGCCCUUCCAAACCUUGGAUCAUUGCUUUGAACAAGAUGGAUCUUGCUGAUCGGUCCCGAGUUAAUGAGUGGAGCAAGUAUUUUGAGCAGCGUGAUUGCAUUUCUUAUCCUGUGAAUUCCCAUAACAAAGACAAUGUGAAGGAGUUCCUUAACGUCCUGCAAUCACAAGUCCGAGCAUUAAACAAGGACAAUCCGGGUCAGACAAGGGUACUAAUGAUUGUAGGGAUUCCAAAUGUCGGGAAGUCGGCUCUUGCCAAUUCAUUGCAUCAGAUUGGCAGAAUAAGUGCUCUAGAAAGAGGAAAGUUCAGGUAUGCAACGGUGAGUCCACAUCCUGGAGAAACAACUGAUAUCAUUAGCUUGAAGAUUGCUAGCCAUCCGAAUGUUUUUGUGCUCGAUACCCCUGGUAUAUUGCCCCCUGAGAUUCUCGAUGUGGGGACUUGCUCCAAGCUGGCUUUAACAGGAGCUAUCAAGGACUGUUUGGUUGGGGAGGAGGUGCUUGCUCAAUAUUUCCUCGCUAUUCUAACCUUAGGCAGUGAAUACAAAAAGUGGACAACUACUGGAAAGGGAUGCCUGUAUAGUGAUCAGAAAACAGACGACUCAAGUGGUCUCGAGUCUGCGGGGAAAGGAAGAAAGCAUUCUUUGACCGAUCACACACAGGAUUUCAUAGUGCAUGAUGUGCGCCAGAGUCUUUCCAAGGCGAUAACGAGUUACGAUGGCGACCUGCAGAACGAGAAGGAAUUGACAGAGCUCGUUGCGAUGCAGUUCACUGCUCUGGAAGAAGCAUUCCGCAUCCCGGGUGGAUUAGGCGAUGAAGGUCGCAGUGUCGUCGUAGCUUCUAAAGUACUUAAUCUGUAUCGUACAGGUAGGCUUGGACACUACAGUUUAGACAAUCCUGCGUUUAUAGAGUAGUGAUUUUGGGAGAUAGUUACAUUACAGAAAAAAGCAGCGGAUUCCAAAAGCACCACCUAGCUUUGUUGCCAAGUUCAUCAAAAGCAAUCAAUGACAUGGUGAAGUUGAAUGGCUUCCCCAUUCAUUUGAUCCUGAGCAUGAUGUUCUUUAUAUAGAUGUUGCUUGCUACCAUUGCUAACAGUGACAAGUCCCAGUUUUAGACCAUCCCAAAAGAAACAAAGAAAACAUAAUAGCCAUUACUUGAUAAUAGACAUUCAUCAUGUGCAUGCAUCCAGCCUCCUACCAUUUGCUUGUUUACUUGUUGCACCGAGAUUUCCUCGUUGAAUACCAAAACUUUAGUUAGUCCUCGGGCUUAGGGAUGGCAAUGGGUCGGGUCGGGGACAGAUAGUGCAUAUCCGUUACCCUACCCAAAGUAGUUUGGGUUUUACCCAUACUCAUACCCACAUAUGAAACGGGUAGAAAACUAAAACCAUGCCCAUACCCGUUCGGGUUUCGGGUAUCCACGGUUAUUCAUGGGUAAUGAUUUCUCUUCAUAACUCCAACUAAUAUAUUAACAUUCACACGUAUUCUCACAUUACGCAAGAGGAAAAAAAUGACAAUACUUCACUAGAAUGAAGAAAAUUAAUUAAAACAACACAAUUUCAUGAAAAUAUUAUAUUUAUAUGCUAAAUAUAAAAUAUGUUAGAGAAAAAUAAUGACUAUUUCUAGACAAAAUAUAUAUGUAUGUGUAUAAUCGGGCAGGUUCGGGUUGGAUACUGAGAAACCCAUGUCCACCCAUUACCCGCAAUAUUCGAGUUCGGGUUUUACCCAUACCCACUAAAUGUCCUUCGAGUUCGGAUUAGGUAACACAAAUUCGUACUCUCCCCAGAUAAAGAAAACAAUUAAUU